AUGAGCAACUCAGAAUCGCCAUACUCUGCCCGACCACCACCCGCCACCUUUGACGACUUCAUGGCGCAGGUCGACGCAGCGACCCAGGCCCAUGGGGGGAUCAUGGUCGACGAGGAGGUCUAUGAGGAAUUGUUCGCGGCUGCUCCGCCUGGUCGCGGCGCUCGCCCAGAGUUCAUCGCUGCCCUCCCACGUCCCAAGGUCGUGCCACGAGGCGAGUCAUGUCCCGUCUGCCUGCAGACCCUCGCGGCAAUCGAGACCGAGGAAGAGUAUGCGCUCGCGUCAGAGAGUUUCUUUGGCGACACAGAGGCACUGGGACUGCGCGAGUUGCCGUGUACCGCCAAGCAUGUGGUGUGUGCGCGGUGUUGCAAGCAGUGGCUGACACUUAACAACACCUGUCCCCUCUGCCGCUCUCAAGUCGACCCUGCUAACCCCAUCGACGCCGCCACGAGCGACACUAUCGAAGCACAACGGCAGACCGAACGCAUGCUCGCCCUCUUCCAUUCGCUCUUUGGACAGCGCCAGCCUCCUCCUACUAAGAAGGAGGAGGGCCGCGAUGCAUUUGCGGGAAUGUACUCGUAG